AUGAGUUUAGCCCAAGAGGAGCAGCGCCAUCUACAGAGGAGCGCAGGACCUGCAAAAAGCAGUACAGACUCUGCCAGAGACCGCCCGCUUUCCGUCAAUGAGCUGACUCCGUCCGGUGUACACACAGGAAGUGAGGUUUAUUCAGUGGAUCGAAGCUCCUCACAGGCGUCAGGUGGGAGGAACCCUGAGGGUUUGCCUGGGCACACGCCGGGCCCCAACGUUGAAUGGCCUAGAGGCCGGCCACGCAAUGCAAUAUCACGCAUCGGUUACCUAGAUGAUGCAUGUGAAGCCUCCACAAUUGUGCCCGAUGGAAGGGAGACUGUGGAGCUCAAGAGCAGUUCUGCCGACCAUAUGGCGAAGCUUCGCAUCCAAAGCGCCGCCUCAAGCCCAAUGGGAACUCCACGGGAUGUAAAGGGUAGCCGUGCGAUGUCUCGGCAACGAGUUCAGCAACUACAUUUGGCAGUUCCAACUUCAGUGGGCCACAUCCGGCCUAGGGCGAAGCCAGUAGAACCUCAUAGAGACGCAACCCUUUCUCCCUCAAGUGCAAAUUCGAGACCUGCAGCUCUUAGUCGCGUGACGACAGUCCAUGACACCAGUCGGAGCCCUAUAAGUGGAGCAGAUACUCUUAACUUGCUUCGCCAGGAGGGAUCUUCGGUUCACCUGCCUAAACAGACUAUUGAAGCCGAAAGGGACAUCGGUUUUGUCUCGGAGCACCCAGAUGCCACAGAAGUCUCCCAAAGAAGCGCUAUCCAUGAGUCGCAGCCUCCUUCGCCUGCCCAAGGAGACACGCGAGCCUCGUUAGGUGGCCUUAAGACGCCAACAGCCCCAAGCAGUGAGGGGAGCUGGCAUCGAGAGAAAGAAGCAACUGAAAGCGCAGCCACAGGGACAGAGGGGAUGAAAACUGUAGAGGGUGAAGUUCCAGCUCCACAUACUCUUCCUGCCAGGGCGGUGGCUGUGCAAAAAGCGGUCGCCGAAGUCUUUGCUGCUGAAAAUGAGAGGCGAGCGGCUGCGUUAGCCUCAAGGAUCAGCUCUAGGACAAUAUCCCGUGCAGAAGGCUCAGCCGAACUGAAGCGCUUUGAGCAGAGAUCAGAUGUCGCAGAGGCAGCAGCUGAACAACUGCGAAGAAUGGAGGCAGCGAGGGCCGCCACGUCCGAGCCACUGGUGGGAAGCAGAACGCAGGAGAGCACGUCUAGAAAUGCCGAUCAGAAACUGAAAAGUGGUGCCUUUCCUUCAGACCACGACGGCGGCAAGGAGAGGGUAAAUCAUAUUGAGAAAACGUCUGUUCCGACGCCGCCCACGGCACCAAACCAAGACAGCUCACCUGCUGGUCGUAAGGCCGAGCAUGCGGUUGCGGAUUCCGCACAUUUGUAUGGCCCCCGCAUGCCACAACACAUUCACGAAGCACAACACGAGUUGACUGUGGCCGCUGAAGUGGACGAACAACGUCGACUUGCAGCAGUUGUGUCCCGUGCCCGCUCUCGGAUUGUAUCGAGAGCCGAGGCAUCUGCUGGUUUGGACCGUUUUGCAGACCGCGCAGAUGUUGCAAAAGCGGCAGCGGAGCAGCUGCGCAAAAUGGAAGCAGCUUCAAGAAAAAAGGUUCUGGACAUCCCAUCACCGCCCUCUCUGGAGAUUAAGGCCAUGGAAGAAGCAGCAAAGAAGAUUCAAGCGGUAUGGCGAGGAAACAGACUGCGGAUUUGGGUGACUGCCGCACGUGCCGUUGCCCUUUUUUCCAGACCUGCAGUGCCUCUCAAUAGGGAACACGCUUUGAGGAUAACUGAGAAACGCUUGCCCCGUAGAGGCGAGGCAAGAGCGGGGAUACGCCGUGGCAUCUCCAAGUUCAUGGAAGUCAGCUCGUUGCAUCCAGGAAGCUUCACACGGCGGAAGUCUUGGCUUGUUCGCAGUUUGUCGUCGAUUACUUCCAGUCUAGCCCCCAGCGGGAGCCACGAUGCUUCCCUGGUGCUCUUCUCCCCUGUGGUUUCCCCCAAGGAAAGAUCCACUUCGGACGUAUCGAGCAGUCCAGCAAAGAGUGCGACAGCUGAAGCACUAAAAGAGCAGAUGUCGCCUGGAAUUAGACGUCUCACGCACUCUGCUGCUGAGCGCCCCAUUGGUGGGGAAAGAACACAGCAUAUAAACACGCACCUGCCCAUGGGAAGGAGGGAAAGAACUGUCAGCUUGUUUAGGCUAAGAAAUCAGGUUAGCGGUUCAAGCGGCGAGCCAGAAGAGCCCCUUCGCCUGCGGGAGGAAGUUGCAAGUGAACCAUUUCGGGAAUGCCUGGAGAGCAUAGCCGCCACCAUGUCGCGAAUGUCGAGAAGUGAAACUCAUCACUUCAACCCGGUUCCCAAUUCAUCUGAGUCGAGUAGUAACUCAGGUGAGAAGACACCAAGACGGGGACGGGGCUGCCUGCGCUCCUCUCCUGACUCCUUUCCCAUUCCUCUACAUAAUUCUUGCCUUCCUUUUGCAUCUGCUGCUACUUACUUGACAGAAACGUCUGAAAGGGUUCCUUUCAUUGGUAACACAGUGCGGCGUGCAGUAGGUGAGGAAGAUGCCACUGCUUUUGAAGAAACUCACGUCAAUACUGGUGAGGCGCGCACCGUACACGCGACCUUUGAGUCCACAAAACCUCAAGGGCAAACCGGACAGUCACCACGGCAGAUGAACAGCCACGCUUCCCCUGUGAGCCCACUUCAGUUACCACGCCUUAAUUUGUUUUGGCUCAAGAAAGAGCCCCGUUGGGUGACACAUCCCCGUCACGAAGAUGAAAUUUCAAGAGCGAGCAGUGAAGAUUCAGCUUUUACUCAAGAUCGCCACACCUCCCACCUCAGUCGAAUGGACGAACGUUGUCGUGAGGUCAUCAAUGAUUUGUCACAGACUCAAAUACGGGACGUUGAUGAUGCCAGGAUUGACCUUAGCAACACGCCAAGCUCAGCCUCUUUAUCUGUGAGUUCACAGAGCUCCUCGCGGGGACCUAUUGAAGGCAGUGCUUCAUGCAUUACGGGCAAGCAGCAGACCGAUCCGCUGGAAUUGUCACACUUCACCGCAGACAGAGAACUUCAAAAGGAAGAUGAACUAUCCCCCUUAUCACGAGCAUUACAUCUUUUAGAGUCCGGCCAGCAAGCACACGUAUCUUCCCAACUGACCGCACAACAAAAGCACGCAACACCAAUUUCAGACGUUGAACGUACAGGUGGUGAGGGAGGGAAGGAGACGGGUGCAGGAGUU